AUGGUCCACGCUUACCACAUGCCGGUCCCACGGGCCCCGGGCAUCCUCGGGCCGCACCCGGCCGGACCUCAGGCGCACCUCGCCGCCGCACCCUACCAGGCGGGUGGGGGCGGCCAUGCACCGGGUGGCUUCGCCCCGGGUGGCUACGCGCUGGGCGGCUACGCGCCUCUGCCGGCGCCUGCCUCCUUCGGUUACGCGCCGCCGCCCGCACCGGCUCAGCCCGGCGGCUACCCGCUUCCUCCAGCUCCAUCGGAUCCCGCUCUGCUCGCUGCACUCCACUCGGCGCCGUCUCCCUCCAACUACGGAGGUGGCGGUGAUUGGUACAUGGACACGGGGGCUACUGCCCACAUGACGUUGCACCCCGUUAAAAAUCUUGUCUCCGUUCGUCGUCUUGCACGUGACAAUCCUCCCACCGUUGAAUUUGAUGGCAUUGGUUUUUCUGUGAAGGACGCCUGUACACGGAUGGUACCACCUUCUGCAGCAGACUCGGCGCUCCAUGAUGGUGUCUCGGAUGCGGACUCGGUGCAGCCCCCGGCGUGGCCCCUCCUGGCCCCGGCGCGGCUCCUGCCGGCUCCUCCCGGUGCGGCCUCGGCGCGCCCCCUCGUGGAGGGCCCCUCUGAUGUGGCCCCCGCCGCGGGCCCCUCCACCGCGGCCCCCUCGCGGAUGGCCCCUCUGCUGUGGCCCCCGCCGCGGGCCCCUCCGCCGCGGCCUCGGCUGCACGCUCCCCGGCGCGGCCCUGCAUGGCCCCGGGUGGCCCUUCGGCUACUACCACGCCGGACGCGGCUGGCCCCGCCCCGGCUGGCGCUACCUCCUCGGCCGGCCCCGCCACUUCGGCCGGCUCCGGUCCCGCUGUGA